AUGCAUCGGGAUAGUGCCAUGGACGAUGAUGAUGCGAUACUCCUGUGUGCCACUCAACCUUCAUCAUUGAUUAGCAAGAAGCAUCAGGGACCCGGAAUAAACCAAGGGCCCAAGGUCCCGUUGGCUUGUGAAGCAUUGAAAGACUUUACCAUGCCCAGUCAAAUAGCAACGAGUUAUCUCCAAGAGCUAGUAGAGCAGCUCAUAAUCUCGGGAGAUCAUAUGCAAGCAGUUAGCGACGAUGCGACAGGAGGUGCCAUGCAUAUGAGCUUCGGCAGGGAAAUCUUUGGCUGGUCCCGGUGUGGUACCGUUAACGGUAAAGAUCUCGAGGUAUCCAUACAUUCGCCAUGGUACCAGCGAAUAUCAUACCGCCAAGUACUUGCUCUAGUAUUAGCUGGACAAGGCUGGCGGCUGGGUCUGCACAACAGAAAAUAUGAAGGUCAUCAUGGACAGGGAUGA